AUGGGCCUUGCGUCAAGUCGCAACUCCAUAUUACUCCCUGGCCUUUCUGUUGCAUUCGAAAACACCAGCGAGAAGCGGUCCCUUUACUUCUUCUGGUUGGCAGCGGAGAACGACAUCUCACGGCACUUCGGAGACAACUUCUGGGCGAGGCUAGUAAUGCAGACGGCACACGCAUACCCAGUCGUACAGUAUGCCGUGCAUGCCACAGGUGUUCUGUACGAGACCUAUAUAACGCGGAGCGACGGGGACCUUUUGCGGGGGUUGUUAGACUCUCCUACUAGCCACACGGCCAUGCUUCGAAAUAAAGCACUCAAGCUCCUUUCGGACCAGCUGCAAAUGGGUAGGCUCCCACGCCAGGUCGUACUGAUGUGUUGUCUUUUGUUUGUGUGGCUGGAGCUGUUGCGGAACGAUUUCGAGGCGGCCAUCACCCAUCUCAAGAGUGGCCUACGUAUUCUACAAGAUAUGGAGCAGCAGCAGCAACAGCCACAAGCACAUACCUCAGCUUCUCACUCGGGGUCCAACCCCCCGCUCAAAGAUGUCGAUCGAGCCAUCUCGCACAUGUUUACGCGCCUACAGGUCCAGGUUACCAUCCACGGAUGCCCCGGUUCCGAGGUAAAAUUUAUGCCAACAACAAGUCCUUUCGAUACCAGCAUUCAACAAGUUCCGUCCUCAUUUAGAGACGUUGCCGAAGCACGAGACAGUCUCGACAAUAUAGCAACGUACGCCUUCCGACUCAUCCGACAGAAGCAACAGUUCGAGCCGUCUCAAAGGCCCGAGCCUCCUAUUUCUCGUAACUCUAACUGGCCGCUGCUCAUUCGCGCCCGCGAUUCGUAUUUAGCGCACCUGGAACAAUGGCACACCGCGCUCCAAAAAAGCAUGCACUUGAUCCCCGAAAUCAAGGCAAGCUCGCCGGCAAUUCUCCUCCUCAGAAUUAACUAUACGAUGGCGGUCAUGGUGAUGAAGAACCUGUUCACCGAGUCAGAACUAGCAUACGACCGGUACAAUGUCGAUUUCGAUCAACUCGUCGGGCUUGCAGAGGCCAUCCUCCGGAACUCACGACGCGAGACAUUUGGCUCAGCCCUCUCGCUCGACACUGGUGUUCUGCCGUGUCUUUUCUACACCAGUCUCAAGUGCCGCGACACCGCGAUACGGCGUCGGGCGCUGCACGUGUUGGAGUUGGCGCCCGAGCGCGAGGGUCUAUGGCAUCGCGACAGCAUAAUCGCAGCUGCUACCUGGAAGAUGAGCAUUGAAGAACAGUGGUGGAGCAUGGCGGACCCUGUGGCACAGCAGCUGCCCGGGUCUCUAAGAAUAUACCGGGAGAAGGUUACUUCUGCAGGAAUUCAAAAGGCCCGAGCUAAUGUACGCUUUGCAGGCGGGCCACCAGGGAGUAGUGAUAUUGAAUGGGAGGUAAGCCGGCUCCUUUACCGGUUCGGAGAUACGAUUUGA